AUGGAUCCAGCAGAACUUGCACGAGUUUUUCAAAUGUUUGAUCGAAAUGGGGAUGGUCGUAUCACGAGAAAAGAGCUUAGUGACUCUCUAAAAAAUCUUGGAAUAACCAUCUCGGAACAAGAUUUGAUUCAAAUGAUUGAGAAAAUUGACGUAAAUGGAGAUGGGUAUGUUGACAUUGAUGAGUUUGGUGAGUUAUAUCAAACGAUAAUGGAUGAGAAAGAUGAAGAGGAGGACAUGAAGGAGGCAUUUAAUGUGUUUGAUCAAAAUGGAGAUGGGUUCAUCUCAGGAGAGGAAUUGAGCGCAGUGUUAUCUUCUUUGGGCCUAAAGCAUGGGAAAACCUUAGAAGAUUGCAUAAGCAUGAUCAAGAAAGUGGACGUGGAUGGUGAUGGAAUGGUUAAUUACAAAGAAUUUAAGCAAAUGAUGAAGGCUGGUGGGUUUGCUGCAGCUUCAUUGAGUUGA